AUGACACGCAUCAACAUCCGAGGAAAGUCCGCGACCAGGGACGAACUUGGACUCUGCAUCGUCAACGCCAGCAAGGUCCGCCGAGGAAACAAAGGACAAACUUUCCGACUCGGUAAAUUCAUCAUGAAGCGCUCUAUGCAAGCUGAUACCGGUAACGCACCACAGAAACGCCGUCGUCAACCCCAAGUUUCGUGUGACUCGUGCCGCAAGAAGAAGCUCAAGUGCGACCGCAGAGACCCAUGUUCGAGCUGUGUGAUGCGCGGCUUGUCAUGCGCAGGACAGCCAGGGUCACCAAAGCCAACAGCGAGAUUGAGCCGUGAGCUAAGGUUGGGCGAGAACUCUGACGACUCCAUUCUGAGUCGGCUCCGGAAGUUGGAGCAAGCUGUGUUCGGGCCGGCGUCUUCUGCCAGCACCGGAUGUUCCAUGGAAGAGCCUGCGGAUAUUGUAGAACCUGAGAGGGCAGAGCGUCCAAGCCUAUCCCGACAACGAAAUCUCGGCCCAUCAACACGGCAUCCUCAACGACGUAGGAUCUUGGAUAAUGAACGGCAGCAAACAGCAAAGUUUCUCGAUUCAACAUUCACUCGGAACGAUCUAAAUGUCACUCUGUCUUUUGACAAGAAGGUGGACUACCACGUAGCCAAUGUCUCUCAGUUCCCCAAGACACCCGCAAGCACCACCCCCGGCCUUACGCCCCCUCAAAAUUCAGAAGCACGAUUAUCAACCUGGCUGAUGACUCAAGAAGAGGCAUUACUACUACUACAAGACUUUCUUGACAAUCCCUUUCAUCUCCUUCCCAUUCUUCAUCCGACUGCAGCCAGGUCCAUGAUCGUCAACUUCUAUUCCGUCCUGUCUUGCGGAGGGGAACCUAAUCCAGCACAUGCUGCACUGAUUCUGGGAAUCGCAGCAACGAGUGCUUUCUUCUUCACCGAAGGUUCCCAAGCCAACGGAAUCUUUAACUCUUUGGGAAAAGCUACGCACUCCGCCGUAGCUUGGCUCACAUCUUCUCUCAAUAUACUGGAAAUAUCACAGAGCAAUGCUUGCAGCUGCCUGGAAGAGGUACAGGCACGUUCCGUACUCGCUUAUUUGGUCUACAAUAUGGAAGGCUGCUCAGCCCGAUUCAGGUUUCUUCAUGGUUGUUCGUUAACGUCCGCUCGAGAGAUGAGUCUGCACUUAAUCGACAGCCCUGGUUCGGAGAAGCAGGACGAAGAGGCUAUGAAAGAAAUCAAGCGAAGAGUGUGGAUGCUGGGUCUCAUGGGAGGACCUACGGACGGAACGUAUAACGUUCAGCCGCGACAAAUGAAUGUAAAUGAACCUCGAAAUAUCAACGAUGACGAGGCGAGCUUCUCGGACGAGGCCAUCAGCAUGCCUAAAGAUACUGCAACGACGAUGAGCUGUUUCAUCCGGCGCAUACAACUAGCUGGUAUUGCUCGUUCUGUCAUCGAUGCCAGAGCACCAGGAAUGCCAGAUGCUGAGAUAACGAACUAUGAACGAGUCCUCGAGUUAGAUGGUCUCUUCGAAGAUGCCAUGGCCGACUUCCCCCCAUUCCUCCGUUCCGACGGCCCCAUUCCAGAGACCGCGCCGCCUUAUCUAUCACUGCAAAGAGACGUUGUUUUACUCGGUUUCCUCUCGCGACGCGCUCGAUUACACCGGCCAUUCUUGCUCCACGAAAAACAAGAUGCCCGAUACCAGUCAUCGCGAGAAAUAUGUCUGAGCUCAGCCCGAACGGUCCUUGCGAUCGCCACACGUCUGCUCAUGGUAUCGCCGACUAGAGAUCCAGUUCAACCCUUGAGCUCACGAGCAAUUGGCUGCCGCCUAGGCUGUGUUAUCGGCCAUAUGUUCUUGGCUUGUACAAUCUUGGCGCUUCACCCAGGAUGCGUUUCAAGUCGUGAAGGCUUAGCAGACGUCAGAGAACCAUGGCUAGUAUCGGAUGCAUCAGCAGAGACACAUGCUGAGGUUAUGCAAGCUUGUCGUGCUUUGGCAAUGGCAGGAAAAGAAUCGAUGAUUGCUGCGAAGCUUGUUGACAAUCUUGCUGGCGUUUUGCGUCGUUAUCGUGUCCAGGGAGUAGGUGAUGCUGCGCCGUCAGAGGCAGAAGACGACAGAGAGUCCACCGGCGUAGAAUUCUCGACCGGGGACCACGAAACUUUUGCAGCAGCCGAAUCGAGGUCUGUUUCUGAUGAUGCCUUUAGAACUGUGGGCUCUAGUUUGACUGGAGAAGAUGCACUCGGUCUCGACAGCCUGUGGAACGACCUCCUUGGGGACGCCAACACGUUUGGAUGGGAUCAGCUUUUUGCUGGACUUGACUCGUAUUGUGGUCCAACCUAGACGUCACCUUGCCAAAGGUACUAGGACUUGUGGUCGACUCUUAUAUAUACCAGAGAUGACAUCCGGCCUGCUCUCGUCACACUCCAUAGUGUUCAGAUUUUUCACCCACCCACUACUAUCAUCCGGCGAAGGUGCCCUGGUGUACUGUAGAUGAAAAUCAA